CUCUGGACCUGGGCAGUGUUGUGCCUCUGUCUCCCAGUCGGUGUGUUAGGGGCACAUGGUGGUUAAAGGAGAUCCACACGUUGCUUAGGACGGUGCCCCGGCCUGUAUGCGUAGGACGUCGUUCCGUCCUUACUCAGAUUUACAACUUUGCGAGCUUAGCUCUGAGUACUCUGUUUGCCACGGACGGCACCGCCUGGCUUGAGGUGGGCACAGUGGUGGAAUGUCUCGAACCCAGCACAGUCGACUUCCGCAGCAGUUGGGGCUCCGAGCUGUCUCUGAGCCCGCUCCUCUUGUCCUGGGCCAUCCUUCCUGUCCUUCAUUCGCUUUCACGUUCACUUUCUGCAUCAGGGAUAGAGCCAAUUCAGAGACUAUUGUCGUCCCAGUCUCAGGCGGUGGUCCAUCUCAAGACACCUGGAGAUGGAAAGCAACAUCCUCCAGGGACAGAGACGCAAAGUUGCAGCCGAUCCCCAUUGAGGGCUUUUCAGUAUACCUCCCAGCCUCGGAGCCCUACAAGGAGAUCCAGCCAACCAGUCGCCGGCUGAAAGCAGCGGUCUGCAUCUCUGCCACUAACCACCAGGGGGGGCAAGAGAGGCGCCGCGACUUUCUCCUGGACUCCAGGUCUCAGUUCCAGAAGGACCAGAGGACAACCACAGUUUUUUUCCCCCCUAAAGGUCUGAGAACCCAGGAUGGAGAUGGGACCACAGCUACUCUCCAGGAUAGGUCCUCAUGGCAGGUACGCAGACUACAUACCGACAGAGGCGCUUUGCUUUCGAUUCUCACGAGGCAUCAUGUGGAAAGUGAGGGUCAGAUAGACAAAACACCAGCCCACUUCAGCCUAGGAUCCAGGAGGGGCAGAUCCAGGCCAUUAGAAUCUAGUGAUCUGCACCCAGUGGGUCUAUCAGGCUGCCGAUUAUUCACAGCUUGCUCCAGCACCCUGCUGCAGGCUAAAGCCCAGAUCACCAGCAUGACCUCGAACCUCAAAUGGUCCAAGGUCCAAGGCAGAUUGUUGGAGCUGAAGAUGGGCCCCAGGUGGUUUCCAUGGGAACCCCAUCCUCCUGCCCUGUGAUAGCAGCCAGCCAUGUGGAACUGAAGGCAUCCUCUGCACAGAUCUGGCUUCUUUGUAACUCCGGACCUCUGCUGCCUUAGCACUCUCUCCAGCUAUCCUCCGAAGCAGGCUUUCCUCCAGCCCUCUGGACGUUCACACUGCGUCACCAGCCCAGGUGUGUCCCCAUAAUACACCUCCCG